GAAAACCCAGAUAAAAGUUGGAACUUCAUUGAAAUCGCCAUAGUUUCUUCUUGAGAGGUCGAAGGAGGAGGAAGGAGGCAUUAGAAUAGAGAAAGAAGAUGUCGACACUUGCAGCUGCUAGAGCAGAUAACUUUUACUAUCCUCCAGAAUGGACUCCAAAAAAGGGUUCUUUGAACAAGUUCAAUGGUCAACAUGCUUUGAGGGAGAGAGCAAGGAAAUUAGACCAAGGAAUUUUGAUUAUAAGGUUCGAGAUGCCUUACCAUAUAUGGUGUGGUGGCUGCAACUCUAUGAUCGCAAAGGGUGUAAGGUUCAAUGCAGAGAAAAAGCAAGUUGGAAAUUAUUACUCUACAAAGAUAUGGAACUUCUCCAUGAAGGCACCAUGCUGCAAGAAUGAGAUUGUUAUUCAGACCGAUCCAAAAAACUGUGCAUAUUUGAUCAUCAGUGGUGCCCAGCAAAAGACUGAAGUGUAUGAUGUUGAAGAUGCAGAAACCUUUGAGCUUCCUGCAGAUGAAGAAAAGGGUAAGCUUGCAGAUCCCUUCUACCGUCUUGAGCAUCAGGAACAAGAUUUGAAGAAGAAGAAAGAAGCUGAGCCUGUACUGGUCCGACUUCAGCGAAUAUCUGAUUCAAGGCAUUCAGAUGAUUAUUCUCUCAACAAGGCACUACGAUCACAACUUAGGAGUCAAAAGAAAAGAGUUAGGGAGGAGGAGGGUACUGCCAGGAAGAUUGGCCUGGGUGUCCGACUACUUCCUGCAUCUGCAGACGAUGCAGCUAAAGCAGCCAGUGUCAGGUUCCCGCACAAGUUUGAGAAAAACAGAAAGGAGAAACGAGCUCAAAUAAACUCUUCUUCUAUUUUUGGUGGGUCAAGCCAUUAUUCGGAUUCAAGGAGGCUUGAGCUGGAGGCAAAGAGAAGGAAGAUAAACACAUCAUCCGUUUCCAAGAUACUUGUUGGGGGUUUUAAGCCGUCAUCGUUGUCAUCAACAAUUUCUGGCCAAAAAAGGAAACGAUGAUGAUAAUGUCAGAAAUUUGAUACUAUAAUGUUGGUUUUGAUGUUUGUUUACAUAUAAAAUUGUUAAGAUUUGUGUGCAAAUUGGUCAAAAUCUGUAAGAACAAAGUGUCUGUCUAUUUGGUAAUGACCUUUUGUGAUUAUCUUUUGGCUUUCGAAGUUUGUUGGAUACUUGGAUUCUGAGUUUUGUGAUGUAAUAAAUUGGGGUGGAUUGUUAAA